AUGUUUUUAAAAAACAUUCUACGCUCAGAAAAGUAUAUUUGUCAUAGAAUUUUAACUCGAGCUAACUCAUGGAAUAUUGUUACAAGUGUUUGUGUUGAACGCUUACCCAUAGUAACACCACCUUUAAAUGAAAUUCAAAAGAAAUUCAAGGACCUCUUAUGGACUGUAGAAGUUGAAAACAGCUUAAAAUCAGAUCAUGAAUUAAGACAUGAAAAUGAUAAAAAACAGGCAGAGCUCCUUAAAAAUGAGUCAGUAGAAGUAGAUUUGGAUACUGUAAGUAAAAUAACUGCCCAAGAUUAUGAAGAUGCAGCAAAUGAAGAAUUGGCUAAGUUUCAAUUUGCCCCCAUUGAAACAGAUGCAGACAAAAAGGGAGAUAACACAUCUUCAGAUCGAUGUUUGCAGCGCCAUCUUGUUCUUGUCACUGAACAGAAAUUAGGCAAUGAUAUAAAGACUAUCUUACCUCAAGGUCAUUGGAAAGAGGGAGAGACUCUAAGACAAACAGCUGAACGAGUGUUACAAGAGCAAUGUGGACAAGAAUUAAAAGUUACAUUUCUAUCAAAUGCACCAUGUGGGUUUUAUAAAUACAAAUAUCCUUCUGAAUUGGAUGGCAAGGUUGGAGCUAAGGUUUUCUUCUAUUACGCAAAUUUCAAAGAUGGAACCGUUAGUAAAAACAUAAAAUCAAAAUGGUUGACGAGGAAUGAAAUGAGUGAAUUUUUGCCACAAAGAUACGAUAAAGUAUUAAAAGAAUUUUUAAUAGAAGAAACAUACUGA